AAUCGCCUCCCCGGCAUCAAGGUGAAGUACCUGCUGGUGGUGUGGCUGGGCAUCUUCGUGGGCAGCUGGGUGGCAUACAUGCAUUACUCGUCCUACUCCGAGCUCUGCCGUGGCCACGUCUGCCGGAUGAUAAUUUGCGACCAGUACAAGAAAGGAAUCAUUUCUGGCUCCACGUGCAAAGACCUGUGUGAGGAGCGCAGCCUCCUCUUCCAGCACUGCCUCUCCUCCUCUCCCACCCAGCAGGUUUACAGCGGGCUCUGGAGGGAGACAGAGGUGAUCAUCAAAUGCGGCAUCGAAGAAGCCUUGAAGGCAGACAGCCACCCAGACUCCGUGCCCAGGAGGGACGUGGUCCUCUUUGACAAACCGACACGAGGGACAUCGAUGGAUGAGUUCAAAGAAAUGCUUCUGAACUUCCUAAAGUCCAACCUGGGAGAUCAGCCUUCUCUUGCAGCCUUGGUGAGCCGGAUCAUCGCCAUGGCAGAUGUGAACCGGGAUGGGAAAGUGUCUUUAGCAGAGGCCAAAUCCAUCUGGGCACUACUUCAGCUCAAUGAGUUUCUUCUCAUGCUCUCCUUGCACGAGAAAGAGCACACGUCCAAGCUGCUGGGGCACUGCGGGGACCUCUACGUCACUGAGAAGAUCCCCCACACCUCCCUCUACGGAGUGGACGUCCCCCCCUUCCUCCAGUCGCUGCUGCCUUCAGUCGUCCACCAGUUUGUCCACCAGUGGUUUGCACCAGCGUGGCCUCGGCGGGCGAAGAUCGCCAUCGGCCUUCUGGAGUUCGUGGAGGAGAUAUUCCAUGGGACCUACGGGAACUUCUACAUCUGCGAGACUGGCUUUAGGAACGUGGGCUACAAUGACAAAUACGACUUCAAAAUGGUCAACCUGAGGAAGGUGGCAACGGAGAUGACAAUCCGAGGUUUCCUCAAGGGCCGUCACUGUGAGCAGAACGUGGACUGCACCUACGGGAAGGACUGUACGGCGACGUGCGACAAACUCAUGAAGCAGUGCAAAAGCGACGUGGUGCAGCCCAACCUGGCGAAGGUCUGCGGGCUGCUGCAGGACUACCUGCUGUACGGAGCACCACCGGAGCUGAAAGAAGAGCUGCAGAAACAGCUCCGAACUUGCAUGACCCUCAGUGGCCUGGCCAGCCAGAUGGAAGUGCACCACUCCCUCGUGCUGAACAACCUCAAGACCUUGCUCUGGAAGAAGAUUUCAAACACCAAAUAUUCCUAACGGGGGAAGCACGGCCCUGGAGUUUAGAAUCUGCAAUCUUGGAGUAAAGUCCAAGGGUUGAAAGCCUGUUUCUCCAUUCCUCUCCCCCACAGGAAAAAUACACCCUGCCCAGGGAGUUCAGCAUAGCUGCAGCCCCUUCUCCCUCAUGGAAAACCAAGCAUCAUGACUUCCACUGCCCAGCAGGAUCAUCGAUAUGGCCAGCAAGAGCGUGCUGCGGAGCUGGGGCACCGGGAGCCGGGAUACCAGGAGCUGGGCUGAACAGGCUCGGGGGAAGACGAUGCCAUGGAGAGAGAUAAGGAAGUGGAGCCCAGCUGGACGCAUCUAACUGUUUCUUGAUUAACAGGAAAGCAGUGGAGAGAGAUGAGAAUGAAUCAUUCAUGCUGUACUUGUCACAUCUUCUUUUGAUGACCGUCUCUGAUGUAAAUAAAUAGCUUUU